CAGCUCCAGCAGCAGCUCAGAAGACGACUCAGAUACUGAGGAGUCUGAUGCAAGACGGUCGGGUGAGUGUGCUGCUUUGUUCCUAUCCUGUACGGCCUUUGGAGGCGUUAGGAAGCUGACACGGCUUUUUACUGGGAUGCGUGAGGGCACACAGCGACCGAGCUCUGGCACAGCCGCUGCCAGCCAGGGCCCCUUCUUCUGGCACAAACACUUGCUGGAGGGCAUUAUCUCGCAGGCUGUUGGCAUGCGUGGUGUGUGCGAACAUGGCAGCACUGCUAACUGAUGAGCAGCGCUGCCGGAGCUCAGCCAGGCUUCCUCUCCUGCGCGGGGCUUGGAGCGAUGCCAGUGGCCUCUCCGUGCCCAAAAUAGUGCUCCAGGACGGGGUCCAGCUCGCUGUCAUGGCCUGGGUGUUUCUGUGAUGGCUUCCAGGCAGCUCAGCACGGCGUUGGAUAAUAAUAGAUUUUCUUCCUCUCCCACAUGUGCCUACCUGGGAGGUGUUGACGUGACGGGAUGACGGGGAGGGCCUGCCCGCAGCCUGCUGUUGCUGGGCUGGCAGCAGCGGCGGUUGCAUUUCAUCACACCUUGUGGCGUGAGCUCUGCCAGUCACGUUUGCACAAUUUGAACCUUCGGGCCAAAAACUUUUGCCUCGUGUCAGCUCCACUUGCUUGCUUUUGUGCUGGAGUUUGGUGAGGCGGAUUCAGGCGUUUCAAAACAUAUUUAGGGCCAAGUGCGCUGCUCUAGCGUGGCUCCCUUCUCACUGGGGACCGUGGUGCACGGCUUCCAUGCAGGUGGUUGGCGUUCGUACUUGGCAGGAUGAGGGGUCCUGGGGGGAGGUUUCCCCCUCGCCAUGAACAUUUCCAGGCCUUUGUGCAGGUUAUGAGCUUUUGACAAAUCUAUCCUGGUGCCCAGCCUCACCCCCAAGCUGUGUGCAGGCACAGUAGGCCUAAGAAUAUUUUCCUUUGUGUUCUUUUUUUUUAAGGUAAGCAGAUGAAAUUGGUGGGUUGUCCUUGCUGAGCAGGAGAGCAGAGACCUGCCUGGAAGCUGAUGGAUGUAUUUGCUAGGCAGUGCAUCACUGCAACCCCCACUGACAGGGGUGCAAAUGCUAGAAAUCCCAGGAAGCUGGGGUGGGCAGGACCAGGAACAGAGCUGUCUGUCCCCACUGUCCUUUUGUUAUGUAAAAGCCACAGAUGGCCCUUCUCCUGGAGCUCUUUCACUUCGUGUAUUAAUAUGUGCCUUUAAAACUUCUUUAUGUAGAUGAAGAACAAGAAAAGAAAGAAUCACAGCCAGACCGGAAUGAAUCUGGUGGAGUGAACUGUCUGCCCCACUGUGAGCACUGCAGAAAUGAAAAUGCCCAGAGGGAGCAGGUGACCCCUAGGAGACUGGCUGGAGGACAAUAUUUGCUGAAGCUGGACGCGGACGGCACGUACCAGUGCAGCGUCACGGGCCUGAUUUUUGAGGUGACCGAGGCGGUCGCCAUCAGCUACUCCCUGCUGUCCUGGAGCAAAUACGCCGGGCUGGUGAAGCCGCCAUGGGUGGUGGGCGGCCCUCUCUUUGACGUGCAUUGCAAGGCGGCCUCCGCCCUCACCUCCAUCGCCUUCCCCCACUCCCUCUGCCUCGGCGAUGGUGACUCCCAUCCGGCCUUCAAGGUGCUGCACAUCAAGGGCGCGGGCGCAGCCAUCGAGCCGUCCAUGGACUACUCGUCCUCGCACGUGCGGUGGCUGGUCAGCUCGCUGUCGCCCGUCGGGCCGCUCAUCCGCAGCGAGGAGCCCCUGCUCUACCACGGCGCCGUCGUCCUGUACAAGGCCGUCGACAGCGACCCCUCCUUAUUGUUCCGGGUCUACGUGGCCACGAACAACGAAUCCUUUAUCAAGGAUAUAGCAAAAGCAGUAAAACAUUCCAAAAAGAAGUUCAUUAAAAUCGACAAGCCCCCUGUGUGCCAAAAAUUACUGCAGAAGGGAAAACGAUACAGAUUACUCUGCGAACCAGAAGCUGAAGUAACUCCGGAGGAAAUUGAGUUUGUUGAUGGAUCUCUUUUGAAACUAAAAAGUUACAUUGAAGUCUAUUUGGAGAAACAUGAAGACUUCACCUUGUCUUUGAUUGAACUGGAGUCUGAAGCAGUUGUAUGGAAAGCAAAGCUAAGAGAAAGUGACUGGAUACAUUAUGAUCAGAACAAAAAUGAGCUAAAACGAAAUGCAGUCAGUGUCAAAAGACGGAAAUCAACCAACAGCUUUUCUGAAGAAGAGACACACUGUGGCAAAAAGCAAAGGUCUAACAGUACUACAGAUGGAAUUAAAGCAAUGAAUUUACUAACCGAUCAACAGCUGAUGGCGAUCGCAAAGUUGUUUGGUGCAGAGUGGAAGGAAGUCGCCAUUGAAUGCCUUCAGAUGGAAAUGAAAGACAUUCAGCAGAUUCAGGCGAAGGAACAGGAGGUCAAUAUGCAAAAAUUUCUGCUGUUAAGCAAGUGGAGAGAAAGGGAGCAGAGCAACGGAACCGCACAAAGUCUGUACAACAGACUCGGCGACAAAGUAUCAUAUGAUAUAGUACAACUACUAGAAGGCUUUUUGGCUCAGUGAUGAGUUCAAGAAGAAGCUGAUUAAAAAGCUCGGGAACUUUCCCCAUCCGAAUGGUUAAACUUCUCAAGCUGUUUCCCUGGCAUUUCAUUGUGAUUCAGGAGUGAAGAUGCAAGUCCUAAUCAGUCAGUGGAAAGUUUAGACAGAGUCUAUGAAAGAAAUGUGAAUGAAAUUUUGCACUGAUGUAAGUGCAAGAAGUGUUUUCAGGAGUAAUUACUCAUGUGGCUUUUUCAGGAGUAAUUACUCAUGCGCUUGGAUGCCGGUCAUCACAGCCGUCGAGUCAGGAUGGAAGUGCCAGGCUUCACGUGCCCUAAAUUGGCCACAUUUGUCUUGUUUGAGCCAGUCCUAAAAGAUAAUGAACACUAGGAGAAAUUGGUUUACCUUUAUUGGGUAUGUGACUACUAUCUUGAAACAUUUUAUUUACAUCAGGGAAAGACAGGGAGAAAAGUUGUGCAGCAACUUUGAUCCCCCUAAAAAAUAAUGGAACUGUCAAAAUCAUGAGGUAAGUUACGUUUCAUACAGAUGACUUCGAUCAGGGAAGAAUACUCUUAAAUUUGCAGACAAAGUUGUUUGCAUAAUUGCUGUAUAUAUGUAGCCACUGUAUAUAUUCGUGCAUGCUCAGCCUGUUGGGCUGCGGUUCUGUUUUCCAAAAAAAAACUGAAGACCAACUUCAGAGUAGCACCACUAACCGCAGGCAGCUUUGAAUUUUCUGUGGGAUUUUCUUGUUCACUGUUGUCUUGUAUAGUCUGUCUCAAUUUUUAUAUUUUUUUGUAUAUUUUUUUUUGUAUUAUGAACUUUUUAUACUCUUUUUUUUUUACAUGAGUGAUUUUAACUUGAAUAGAAUGAGGUGCUUAAACUGAAAUAGAAAAAAAGAAUCAAAAAAAAACCCCCACCUCAUAUUUUGAGUUUUAGAAAACUCAACUUGGAAAACUCAAAUUUUCCAAGAAGAGUGUUAACUCUGUGGCCAAUACAUGUAGUAUUGUAAGUAGUACGGUAGUAAGAGAUCUGAAAGUAAUGUCAUUUGCAGACGAGAGCAGCUACCAGAUUGUCUUAUUUUUAAAGACACGUGAUUCUAUGGAUCAUCUUCCCCUGUGUAUGUUUAUGAAAGGAAAAGCAUACUUUAAAAAUCAGGAUUAAAAAGGAAACCUUCACACUG